AUGACAACUACAGUAAGAGCGUACAAGGGACUGAUGACCAAAAGAAGCCAAGUCGCUCUGGCAUGGUUGGAAGAAUCCACACAGCGUCUACAACACCUGAAGGAAGAAAGCACACAACAAGAACAAGUUAAGGAAUUCACAAUGACUGUGGCGAGGUGCGACGAGUAUCUGGAACUUCUCGAAGCAUCCUUAACCAAACUCACGGAAGCCUUCGAUAAACUUCAGGAUACCACAGACGAAGAAGAAGAUCAGUUAGACAAGCACGCGGAGAUUGCUCAAGAGACUAUCAUGAAGUUAUACGCACACAAAUCCAAUACCAAGCAGAUGCUACAAGAAAUAACGACGGCAGCUACGCUCCGAACAAGUGGAACCGACCACCAAUGUUCGGCAGCAGAGUCCAUCGAGAAAAGGGAGGACGGCUACUACGUACGCCUACCAUGGAAAGAGAACCAUCCUGAACUCCCAGAUAACAAGGCGCUAGCAAUGAAACGUCUUGCAAAGAUCCUGGAGAUAUAUCAAAAGGACCCGAAGACACUACAAGCGUACGACAACAUCUUCAAGGAACAACAAGAGAAGGGAAUAAUAGAAGAAGUAACAUCGAAAGAAUUUUGCUCCAACGACAAAACCUUCUGCAACGCCAUCGAUGAGGCCGACAAGAUGAAAUCCACCUCCCCCAAGGUCCUAGGCAUUGUAUGGAAUUCGGAAACGGACAAGUUCAUUAUCAAAGGCUCGAUGACAACCUUGAAGGGAAAAGAUACCAAGCGAACAGUCACACAACAACUUGCUUCUGUGUAUGAUCCAAUGGGAUUUCUGGUGCCUCUACUACUACCGGCAAAGAUAUUCAUGCAGUCACUAUGGAAGGAAGGAUUAGAUUGGGACACACCGCUUCCAGCGCAACUGCGUGAUCAGUGGCAUCAAAUAACAUCAGAAAUUGCAACAUUUUACAAGGAAGUGAAUAGACGAAUUCUCAGCAAAUCCGAUGGCUACAGACUCGUCGUUUUCACCGACGCUAGCCAAUACGCAAUCGCAGCAUGUGCGUAUCUCACCUCGCAAGAAGAAUCCAACAUUAUUAUGGCAAAAUCCAAACUGCCCUCCAUCAAAACCUCGAUGACGAUUCCCAAGUUGGAGAUGAAUGCACUGACGAUGGGCGUAAGAAUGUCUCGCUUUAUUUGUGAAAUGUUGGAACCAUCCUGCAAAAUCAAGGAAGUGAUUCUAUACACAGACUCGGAUAUCGUGUUAGGAUGGAUAAGAACCCCUCCAUCGCGACAAAGCGCAGGCAUUUUAGUCACAAACCGAUUAUCAGAGAUUAGACGAAUCAGCAAUGAUCUCCGCAGUCAAAGCACCACGUGUCUCUUCGGACACGUCUCAACGGCAGAAAAUCCAGCCGAUUGCGGAACAAGAGCACUAUCAGCAGAAGCUUUACAGAACCAUAUCUGGUGGACAGGACCUGAAUUCACCAACAAACCGGAUCAUUCAAAGCUGAGUACAGUUGCUGAUUUCGAACAAUCGACAAUGAUGUCAGUGGAGGCAGUAACUCUAAACUCGUCAGAAGAGGUAUCUAAGGACGAAGUGGUCGACUUGAGCAGACACAGCACCCUUGAGAAAGCUCAGAGAGUGCUAGUGUAUGCACUUCGAUUCAUAAACAGAUCCCUGAGUCAUUUUCCCCACGAAAGAAGAUUGGCAUUACAACAACACAUACCGGCUCUCAAGGAAAUUUCACCGUCACAAACCAUCACAGGGAUCGAGAUGCACGAAAGUCGAAUGUGCUUGAUUCGAGACCAUCAGAAGAACUAUGUGAACGAGCAUCAGAUCAAGUCGCAGAAGGAACUGAAUAUUCGACAAGACGAAAAAGGAAUCCUGCGCUGUUACGGACGUCUACAACAAGCAGAUGUACCAGUAACGGCAAAAACACCAAUCUACAUUGCACCCAAAACUAUGUUCCCACAACUUCACCACAUUUUGGAGACAAACGUCUUCACCGCACUGAGGAAACAAUCAGGUUAA